ACAGUUGUUGACAUUCAUCAUGAAGUACUUGGAAUUUACUCCUCUGGACAGAAUAAAUGAUUUCUUGAAUCAUAUAAAUCUUGGAGAACGUACUAUCAGAGGAUGUAUGGAAGCUUACUCUUGCAAGCAUACAGGAACUGAUAAGAAGCUGUCUCUCAGCCUGGAGAAUGAGAUUCUCGAUCACCUUGGAAAGUCAUCCGAUGGCGAAACCGACUCCUCAGCAAUUGAAUAUCUGUAUAGUAGAUCAAGCCGGAAGACACUGGUUUACCUUCUUCUAACUCUUCAUCACAUGUACCCUGAUUAUGGCUUCAGUGCAGUGAAAGCUCAUGAGUAUUUCACAGAAGAAAGCUGGGACAGUUUUAAGCAGUUUUUUGAUGUUUUCAUGUUUGAAGCCUCAAAGGAAUGGCUCGAGGAGCACGAAGGAGGGUCCCUACUUGAGGCCUUGUACAAAGCCUUAGAUGAGGUUGUAAAACUAUCAGAAUGUGAACUCUACAGUUACAACCCUGAGGCUGAGGCAGAUCCGCUACGUGAGAAACGAGCUAUAUGGUCAUAUCAUUUUUUCUUCUACAAUAGAAAGCUGAAGCGUGUCGUAAGCGUUCGUUUUAGCUGCUCAAGCAACUUGAUGAGUGAAGGCUUUUAUGACGAUGAGUUGAGUCACGAGGAGAACAAUGCAAUAUUUGUCGACAUGGACAUGCUGCAGAUGACUCGUUUCCGUAUUGUGCAAAAUCGAUUGCGAAAGUGUCUCUCUGUAUCAGGUUCGAUACUUGAGACUGGGGCAACAUGCUUGCUCCGUACCGUGUACGCCGAGAUAGCGAGGGUCAUCGAGCUGCUUGUUGAACUCACUGGGCGUAAAUGUGAUGCGAGGUGUGAGUCCCUGCCACCUGACGAGCUAUCGAACUCCUCAAGUGCGAGCGAGAUGCAAGUCCUUUGCCUGCUGUUGAACCCAUUGAGCGCGAGCGAGACACCGCCACCUUGGUGCGAGAGUUUCACGCCUCCCCCCGACUCGCAGGGCAUGAACUACUCACAACACGUGAGUCCACCUUCCUACGCCACGAGUCCGCUGCCUUGUCUACGAGUCUGCCACCUUGCCCUGGGUUGUACUCUUCAACGU